GUUGGUGGUUUUAAAAGGUGGAUAAAUGGUGGAAUUUCAUUAUCUGGCAUCAAUUACAUUGGAUAUCCGACCAAAAACACACAGAAAAAGACAACAUAAAAGGCCACUCACACACUUGUACGGAAAAAGACAGAAAGCAAGGAGUCGGAACCUCAAUACCCAGUUUGUCAUAUCGAUAAAAUCCCCAUACUUUUUUUGUUCUCACCCCCUUGAUCCAAAAUUCCAAUCACUCUCCUCCCUCCUCCACCUGCGCCACGCCAAGGUAUCUCGAAAAAGUUAUGUGGAAGUUGGAUAAGAUCACAGAAGGGUCUAAUGUUGUUAUUACAUUAUGUUCUGGACACCGGAAUUUGAAAGCUGUGAUGGAAUAGGAGAAUUUCUGCAUUUGGGAAGUCUGACAUUGGUUUUCGUUUGUAAUAAACAAUGAUUGAGAGGAAGAAGAUGGGACGAGCUUCACCGUUAGUUCUGGUCCUUUUGGCUCUUGGGUUUUUCUUUGCUACUUAUAAUUUGUCAACUAUGGUAAUUCAUUAUAGAUUGGUUGGGAAAUGGGUAGGUGACAACACGAAUAGUGGAUUACUGUCUGACCCGAUAAUUGAGAUGCCGGAGAAUGCGAAGAAGUUUAAGAAUACCAAGGCACCAUUCCAUGUUGCCUUAACAGCCACUGAUACUCCUUACAGCAAAUGGCAGUGUCGCAUUAUGUACUAUUGGUAUAAGAAGAAGAAGGACUUGCCUGCAUCAGAGAUGGGAGGAUUUACUCGAAUUUUGCAUUCAGGAAAACCUGACAACUUGAUGGAUGAGAUUCCAACUACUGUGGUUGAUCCUCUUCCUGGAGGACUUGAUCGGGGAUACAUUGUCUUAAACAGACCAUGGGCUUUUGUGCAAUGGCUGGAAAAGGCUACUAUUGAGGAAGAAUAUAUUUUGAUGGCGGAGCCUGAUCACAUUUUUAUAAAUCCUCUUCCUAAUUUGGCACUUGGAGGAUAUCCAGCAGCCUUCCCAUUUUUCUACAUUAAACCUUCUCAGCAUGAGAAGAUCAUAAGAAAGUUUUAUCCUGAGGGGAACGGUCCGGUCACAAAGAUUGGUCCAAUUGGAAAUUCUCCUGUAAUUAUCAAGAAGGAUUUGCUGGAAAAGAUUGCUCCUACAUGGAUGAAUGUCUUGAGGAUGAAAGAAGACACGGAGACGGAUAAAGCUUUCGGAUGGGUGCUAGAAAUGUAUGCUUAUGCUGUGGCAUCUGCUUUGCAUGGUGUGCCGCAUAUUCUUCGGAAGGAGUUCAUGGUGCAGCCGCCAUGGGAUACGGAACUUCGUAAAAAGUUUAUCAUUCAUUAUACUUACGGAUGUGACUACAACUUAAAGGGUGUGCUAACAUAUGGAAAAAUUGGGGAAUGGAGAUUUGACAAGAGAGCAUAUCUACGUGGACCUCCACCAAGAAACCUCCCCUUACCUCCUCCUGGGGUUCCUGAGAGUGUGGUCACCCUUGUAAAGAUGGUGAAUGAAGCUACUGCUAACAUUCCAAAUUGGGACACACAAUAGUUCAGCUGCACUCAAGAUACUAAAUCGUUAAGAUACAACUGAUGUUUAGAGAAAGGAAGAUUCUGGUUCAACGGUAGGCUCGUAGAAAUAGUAAUACACACGAAUCUCAGGUCGUAAAUGGAAAAUAAGAAGGUUCUGCUGUCUCAAAUGUAUAUCUGGGUUACGCAUGGAUUUUAGGGAAGCUCAGGUGCUUGAAGGAAGGUAAAAGGUUAAGGUAAGAGCAAGAUCGUUGGAUUUUCGAUAUGCUGCAGUUUUGGGAUUAUAUCGAGUUGAUUAUAUAGAAUCAGUCCUUGUAAUCCCUGAGGAUUAGUUGCAAUUAGUAUUGGAUUAACACAAGCCUUCUUUCAAUCUUGUUGAGAUUCUGUUUCGGAAAUGAAAGCAAUUUUGUCUUUGUUA